AUGUCAAAAGCAAAAAUAUCUGCGGAAUGGAGGAAACGCGUAAAGUCCGAGUACAUGCGUUUACGACAAAUGAAACGCUACAAACGAGCGGACGAGGUGAAAAUAGCUUGGAAUCAAAAUCGCAAGGUUAUGUCUGAACUGUUAUCAGUUGAACAAAAAAGAUGGACCGAUGGAAAAGCAAUGUGGUUAGCCAUGCAGGACAUUCCUCCACAUGUUUCUUGUAUGAAAAAGGCAGAAAUUACCAGCUCUGAUGGAGAUGUGCAAACGUGUCCGGUUAAAAUUAUUAGUGCAGUUACUCCUAUACCAACCAUGUACACCUGGGCACCUAUACAACAGAACUUUAUGGUCGAAGAUGAAACUGUGCUACAUAACAUACCAUAUAUGGGAGAUGAGAUUUUAGAUCAAGAUGGCACAUUUAUUGAAGAAUUAAUAAAAAAUUACGACGGAAAAGUUCAUGGAGACAGAGAAUCUGGUUUCAUGGAUGAUUCAAUAUUUGUGGACUUAGUAAAUGCUUUGGCACAGUACGAAAAAGAUGACAAGGAAAGAGAGCAUACAAAGAAAGGAAAAGAGAAGGAAGAGGAUAAAGACAAGAGAGAUAGUAGUAGCAUCAAAGCAGAAGUUAAAUCUGAAAAAUCGUCGGAAGAUGUUAAAACAGAAGUGAAUCCAUUUCCAACUAUGCAUAUAUUUAAUGCAAUAUCCAGUAUGUUUCCCGACAAAGGAAGGCCAGAAGAAUUGAAGGAAAAAUAUAUAGAACUAACAGAAAGAUCGGAUCCAAACGUUUUGCCACCGGAGUGCACACCUAAUAUUGACGGUGUGAAUGCAAAAAGCGUGCCACGGGAACAAACGAUGCAUUCCUUUCACACGCUUUUUUGUAGACGAUGCUUCAAAUACGACUGUUUUCUCCACCCAGCCAGGGGAACUUCGCCGCAAGGUCUUCAAGUCUGCCAUCCGGGACCGAACUUGCAAAAACGAAAAGGACCCGACCUGAAACCGUUCUCUGAACCGUGUGGGACAGAAUGUUACAUGCACUUGGAGGGGAUGAAAGAAAAACUGGCGGCACAAGCGGCUGACAUAAAAGAUGAGGAAAGCGAUGAGAAACGUGGAGCUCCUAGAAAAGUACGAAAACAAGCGAGUGUGGAUUCAGGAAACGAAGCAAGUAGCGAAGACAGCAAUGAUAGCAACAAAUACAGUCAAGGUGGUGGUUGUCAAGAUUUUAAACAGAACGUCAACAAAGAAACACGACCGGAAGAGACGAUGGAAGACCAAACCCAACCGGAAAAUCAGGUGCCAUUUACACUACUGGGUCUCGACAAACGAAUUAAAACGGAAAAUGAACUUUCGUGGACCGGUUCAGAGCAAAGUUUGUUUCGAGCUCUACAUAAAGCUUUUCCCGGUAAUCCAUGUGCAUUGGCACAAAUAAUGUUGACGAAAACGUGUCAGGAAGUGUAUCGAUUCGCGCAGAAGGAAGCCUCGGAUAUUCCAGCGAUUGAAAACUUGAAGGACUUUACACCCCCGCGAAAGAAGAAAAAGAAACACAGACUUUGGUCGAUGCACUGCAGGAAGAUACAGCUGAAAAAGGAUUCUGGUGCUAAUCAUGUCCAUAAUUUUGCACCUUGCGACCAUCCAGGAAGACAAUGCGACAACUCGUGUCCCUGUAUACAGGCACAGAAUUUCUGCGAAAAGUUUUGUCAGUGCAGCAGCGAAUGUCAAAACCGGUUCCCAGGUUGUAGAUGCAAAGCUCAGUGCAAUACAAAACAAUGCCCUUGUUAUCUAGCCGUAAGGGAAUGUGAUCCAGAUCUCUGCCAGACUUGUGGCGCUGAUCAGUUUCACAUUACUAAGAUAUCUUGCAAGAAUGUCAGUGUUCAACGCGGUCUUCAUAAACAUCUUUUAAUGGCACCGUCCGAUGUUGCCGGUUGGGGAAUAUUUCUUAAGGAAUCCGCGGCUAAGAACGAGUUCAUUUCUGAAUAUUGUGGUGAAAUUAUAAGUCAGGAUGAAGCUGACAGAAGGGGCAAAGUAUACGACAAAUAUAUGUGUAGUUUCCUGUUCAAUCUCAAUAACGACUUCGUGGUAGACGCUACGAGAAAGGGAAACAAAAUAAGAUUCGCCAAUCAUUCAAUAAAUCCUAACUGUUAUGCGAAAGUGAUGAUGGUAAACGGUGACCAUAGGAUAGGUAUUUUUGCUAAGCGAGCUAUUCAACCCGGUGAAGAACUGUUUUUCGAUUAUAGAUACGGACCAACGGAACAAUUGAAAUUUGUCGGCAUCGAACGUGAGAUGGAAUUUUUGUGAAAAAAUUGUCAUUAAUUUGAAAACGCAAGGAGAAAAAAAUAUUGUAAAAACUAAAUACUUUCCGUAUCGGGUACCUGAUGCCAUGAACUCAUUGGAUGAAAGCCUUACGUUUUACGUUAUUAUGAUUCAAGCGACACAUAAUAAGAAACUUCCACUAGUGUUACAAGAUAUCUCGUCUCUCCAGUCUAGUGGAAUCGGCAAAUAAAACGUAUUUGAAAAAAUAAAGUUCUAUUGUUCUUUAUAUUCUAGAAUAGAACGCCACCGAAUGAAUUUCAUAAUUGUGUUUGCAUUAAAUAAAUUUCGAUGACGAAUAGAA